ACCCGGUUCCUAUCCCUUUUCUGUGGCGUCCUGGUGUUGGGCAUCUGUUCUCAGCGUAAGCUAAGCAUGGGGCCAGCGAGGCUCCUGGUGAGUCUAGUGGACCAGGCGUGGGGACACGCAGAGCGCCCCAGCUCCUCAGGCAGAUAUUGCAGCUGGGUACGGUGCUACUAACUCGCCUACGUCAUACUAUGCGGCAGUAACAUGUUCCCGGCGUUGGAAACAGAAUUAAAGCAGGAGACUCUUCCUGAUCCCUAUGAGGACUUUAUUCACCAUCACCUCCAGUAUUAUGGAUACUUCAAAGGUCAGAAAAGCAGCCUGCCAAACUCAGGCGCUCAUCAGCGCAUUUGGAGGAAUAGCUCUCGGUACACGUUGAAUGGCUCUUUUGGAGAAAGAGAUGGUUUCAUCUCGGACAGCUUGGAAAAAGAGAUGCUUCUAUGGCCUACCUGUUUAUCUUCAACUGGACAUGCUCAGAUAGACGCUGUAAACAGAGACGCACUUCUGCUGAGCUCACCACUCCUUAGGAGCAGGCAGCUUAUUUUUGAUGAGCUGGAUGAAGUAAACCCACGUCUUCGAGAACCCCGAGAACUCUUCUCAUGUUUCUCUAGCAGAGGACUGCUGCAGGCUCCAAGAUGGCCAAUCGAAUGUGAGGUCAUCAAGGAAAACAUUCAUCACAUUGAGUGGGUUCCACUUCAACCAGAAUAUUUCUACCAACCUACAGGAAACGAGAAGGUGCCAGAGAUUGUGGGAGAAGAGCAAGGUACAGUUGUGUACCAGCUAGAUUCAGUGCCUGCAGAAGGUGCAUACUUCACUAGUUCCAGAAUAGGAGGCAAACGAGGGACCAUCAAGGAACUUGCUAUCACACUGCAAGGGCCGGAUGACAAUACUCUAUUGUUUGAGUCAAGGUUUGAGAGCGGGAAUCUGCAGAAAGCCGUCAGAGUAGGUGUCUAUGAGUACGAACUCACCUUGCGGACUGACCUCUACACGGACAAGCACACUCAGUGGUUUUACUUCAGAGUUCAGAACACCAGAAAAGAUGCUACCUAUCGCUUCACCAUCGUCAACUUGCUGAAACCCAAGAGCCUUUACGCAGUAGGGAUGAAGCCUCUCAUGUACUCUCAGCUGGACGCCACCAUCUACAACAUCGGCUGGAGGAGAGAGGGCCGUGAAAUCAAGUACUACAAGAACAGCGUGGACGACGGCCAGCAGCCCUUCUACUGCCUCACCUGGACCACGCAGUUUCCUCACGACCAGGACACUUGCUUCUUUGCACACUUUUACCCUUACACUUACACUGACUUGCAAUGCUAUCUCUUGUCAGUAGCAAACAACCCCAUCCAGUCUCAGUUCUGCAAGCUCCGAGCCCUAUGCAGGAGCUUAGCCGGGAAUACUGUCUACCUGCUGACCAUCACCAAUCCAUCCAGGACCCCUCAAGAGGCAGCUGCAAAGAAAGCCGUGGUCUUGAGCGCCCGAGUCCACCCCGGAGAGAGUAACAGCUCCUGGAUCAUGAACGGCUUUUUGGACUUCAUCCUUGGCAACUCUCCCGAUGCCCAGCUCCUCAGGGAUCUCUUUGUCUUCAAGGUGAUUCCCAUGUUAAACCCAGAUGGCGUGAUAGUGGGGAAUUAUCGGUGCUCGCUGGCCGGAAGGGACUUGAACAGGCAUUAUAAAACCAUUCUUAAGGACUCCUUCCCUUGCAUUUGGUACACCAAGAACAUGAUCAAAAGACUUCUGGAAGAAAGAGAGGUUCUCUUGUACUGUGAUUUCCAUGGGCACAGCCGCAAGAACAAUAUCUUCCUGUAUGGCUGCCACAGCAACAACCACAAGCACUGGCUUCAUGAGCGUGUCUUUCCUUUAAUGUUGAGCAAGAAUGCACCAGACAAGUUCUCUUUCGACAGCUGUAACUUUAAGGUCCAAAAAUGCAAAGAAGGAACAGGAAGAGUCGUGAUGUGGCGGAUGGGCAUCAUCAACAGCUACACCAUGGAGUCCACCUUUGGCGGGUCUACCCUAGGUAGUAAAAGAGACACUCACUUUACCAUUGAGGACCUGAAGUCCCUAGGUUAUCAUGUCUGUGACACUCUCCUGGACUUCUGUGAUCCUGACCAAACCAAGUACACACAGUGUCUACAAGAGCUUAAGGAGCUCUUACAACAGGAAAUCAGCAAAAAGUUGAAUAACUUUGGACAAGACAUGGAUUUAGAAGGAAACUGGAGUGACAUUCCUUUGUCUGACAUUGAAUCCAGCACGAGUGGCUCAGACAGCUCCCUCUCUGAUGGCCCUCCUAUUCGUCUACUGAACAACGUCGAAGACGAGCUGAAUCAGAAGACGGUAUUAAAGAAUCCAAAAAAGAAGAGACUUCAGACUAGGAAACAACGGAAUGAGCAGUACCAGAAGAACUACUUGAUGCGGGAGUUAAAGUUAACAGAAAAUGUCCCAGGAAGGGCAAGAUUUGCCUCUACUCUGCAGAAGCAGCCCACUUUUUUGAACAGUCCAGAGAGUCCUAGCCCUUCAGUGAGAAGUAAAAACCCGAGGCUCAAUGAGACACAGUUAAGUGGAAGAGAGAGGGGCACCUCCCUGGAUCCACCACUGACCAGCCCUAAGAAUAAAGAAAGGAUUCAGGUUCUCUCUGCAUAGCCCUGGCUGUCAUGGAGCUCACCAUCUAGACCAGGCUGAAGCCUGCCUCUGCCUCCCAAGUGCUUCAAGUGCACAGCAACCUCAUUAUAUAACAGUUUUUCCAGUAAUUAAUAAAGUCCCACAAAAUAGCCC